CAGAGAACACCAACGGCUCGGAAGAAUCUUCUCCCCCUCCACUAUUACCCGCACGCUCCGACGAACGCCGCACUAGACUCUGAGCUGAAACCAGGGAGGGGUGAGCGAGGGAACUCGGGGAAGCAGGAGGAGGACGGGGAAAGGUGCGAGAACACCGAGAUGGGGUCCGGAUCUUUCCUCAAGGUAGUGGCCAAGAACUUCGACAUCCUCGCCGGGCCAGUAAUUUCACUUGCUUAUCCUCUAUAUGCCUCUGUGAGAGCUAUUGAAACAAAAUCUCAAGUAGAUGAUCAACAGUGGCUCACUUACUGGGUGUUGUACUCAUGUAUCACUUUGGUUGAGCUUACUUUUGCUCCAGUAAUUGAAUGGCUUCCUUUCUGGCCCUACGCAAAGUUGUUCUUCAACUGCUGGCUAGUAUUACCUUGCUUCAAUGGUGCUGCUUAUGUUUACCAGUAUUUUGUGCGGCCAAUGUUUGUGAAUCGCCAAAUUGUAAACAUAUGGUAUGUCCCCAGAAAGGACAAAUUAAGUAAACCUGAUGAUGUACUCUCAGCGGCUGAGAGAUAUAUUGAGCUAAAUGGACCAGAAGCAUUCGAGAAGCUAAUUAGCAAGUCUACAAGGGCUUCAAACUCUAGGAGCAUGAGGCGGUCAAUCUUGCAGGAGUCAGAAGCUGAUAAGAUAGGCAAGGCUGAAAGAGAAUCGUGGGGUGAAAAUCCCUUCUACGAUAAAAACUACCGACACUAAACAGCCUGUUCUUCUUGGCCAUCCAUCUCAUCAGUAUGUUUGGAUCUGCCAGAGGAAGAGCUUUUCACACAUCUAACUGGAGGAUCUUACUUGACACGCCUACUAAAUCGACAUCCAGAACAAAUACAAUGUUUCUUGAAAAUGGGUGCUUGUGUUGAAAAUUUCCCAGGUUCUUAGAUGAUGUAAUAUGUUGCAUUGUAUGUUCGUGCUAGCUUUGGUUAGAUAAUUUUUUUUGACGCCAAUUGGUUAGACAAAUUGGUCCUGUGAAAGGACAGUGACUACAAAAUCGUGUGUGCGUUAGGGGCAGACAGAGCCCUUAACGUAGCAAUUUCUUGCGUGUUAGCACUUAUCUUACUGCAAAAAUCGCGUGUUUAAAACAGA